AUUCUAAUCUCCGCGGACACGUUUGAAAUUUGGAGUUCCCCUAUUAAAUAGCAACCUUGCACACCUAGAAAAACUUGAACAAGACCGGGCUUCUUUCCAACAUGCUUUCGGAUUCGCUGCCAGAUGACUUGAUUUUGGAGGAGACUUUCAGACAAGUCGCCGAACUCGACCCCAUUGAUUUUGAUCAAUGUGGGGACGUGUUGAAGUUCCUUACGGAGCCAAACCCUGAGCAAGAGUCUGCGGAAUUUUCUGAUGUUUAUUAUGGGGUAUACUCGACAGUAGAGCACAUCAUCGAAGAGAAUGAUACAGUACCAGGAAGGCCAAGAUUGAUUUACUUCGAGGACGAACACAUCCUCCUCGUCGAAAAGUUCAACAGUAUUCACGAAGUUCCAUUCCUUCACCUGGAUUCAAUAUUCUGUCCUUUUUUGUAUGGUCUCCACCGCCGUGACUCAGACUACUCUAUGUACACCACAGUAUCCAGGGUCCUUACGCUGCUCUAUGCAUCUGCUGUUCCAGACCUGUCGAUUAAGAUGAAUGUGGUGACCAAGAAUAUGGUUCAUGAGCCUAAGGUCCUUGCCGUCGGGGAAUGUGCAUUUGCCCAGGACACAGAUUCAGUUCUUCGGAAACUCAAAUACGAAAUCGCCUGUCAUCCGGAAGUCUCGAUGGCCAUAAUGGUUGUGAUCGAAGAACACCAACCAUAUCGCUCACCUGGACGUAUGUCAGAAGCAUGGCAGAUGCUACUCCAGGACACUCUUUCACGCUCUUCAUUCCUUUCGCUUCAAGGUGUUGCAGCACAAUCUCUUGAUCAACCUGUCGUGGUCGCAGGCCAUACAUGGUGUCACCUCGCAUCUGUUCGAUUCCACGUUUGGGUCCGGGGAGACGAGCCGAUCAACAUUGAUGUUGACAAUGAAUUGUUGGCACGUGGCACCUUGUUUCCGAACCAAGAUAUGGAUGCGAUCGACACCAUGAUCGCGAAGGGCAUGGUGAUGAUGCGGGACUAUAUUGCAACUGUCUGCCAGAAGGUAGUUCCAGGCAGUAACAUUUCUGCCAUCCGAAACUCCGGUUUUACAUUCUGUCCAGAUUGGGAUUAUCUGUUGAUGGAUCUGAAACGUGCAGUGCACGAAACAGCCUAUGACCGAUACCGCUCAUGGUAUGAAUCGUCCCCGUGAAGUACCUCUACCCUCGAUCACCGGACGCGCUCGUAACCAGUAUGAAGGCAGGUCUUGAAAGCAAGGAGCCUUAUUUGUGGAUCGUGACAGUUGUGUAGAGCCAAAGGCUGCUGAUUUUGCACGAGACCGUGCUCUCGAUCGGUCCGUUUUUCUGUAUAGAGGCUACUGUCCUCGCACCAGUGUUUACAUCACAAUCUGAUCAUAAG